ACCAACGCCCGCCACCCGGACAUCCAGGGAAAGCCCGCCACGGACCGGAAUUUAACGGAAACACCCUCUCCUCGCAUCUGUUCUCCCUCCCUGCGUGGAUCCACCGUUUCUUUCCAUUCCCGUUUCCGUUCCUCGGUCCUCACCAACAAACCCCUUCCGGAACUCCCAAGCCUCCGAUCCUCGCCUCAGAAACCUGCCGGAUUUGCGGGCCUCUCAGGCGUCGUAUGGAACCAGCCAGGUCAGUUCGCUGCGUGUUUCGCGACCGCUUCUCGGCGGCGGCGGCGGCGCUGCUUUGCGUUGCGCGUUUAAUCUGUUCGUGGGAAGGCGUCACCCGUUCGUGCUGGUUUCAUGGACCAAUACGAGCCGCGGAACCGCGAUCGCUGAUAGCUCUGGAGUCGACUUGUUUGUUUCCAUUCGUGUUCUUCGGAACGCGUUUUCACAUGUGCUUAAUUUGGUUUCGUACUUUGGUUUUUUUUUUCUGUUCCGCGCUGAUUUUGUUGGGAAGGAAACAAGAUGCCCUCGUUUUUUUGUUCGGAUCGGUAAGAGAUGCCACCGUUCGAUGCCAUCUUUUGUAUGCACUUCAGGAUUUAGUGUUUCAUUCUGUCUAUGCUUUUUUUUCCUUUCGAGUUCUGUGCCCGACGGGGACAUUAAGCAGUUACAGUAAGCACUAACCAAUAAAUCUGUCACGGAACCUGUUAGAGACGUGGGGCUAAAAAGUGAUUUGAUUUUUUUUUACCUUUUUCAUGGUUCCAGUGACAUGUGGAGUCAUGCAAUUGCUCCGUCAGCGUGUUCUCCCACCUGUGAAGCUUUGAGCAAUCGUACUGGCGUCUUUCACUCCCUCACUCUUCUUGGCUUUGUUUGAUUGGAGAUAGCCAGAUAGGUUGAUGCGCAUCAUGAUCUUAUUUAUGUUCAUUUCUUAUUUAUGCUGGCACUUGUGUUUGCUGUUCUUGCUCAUGUUCAUUUCUUAUUUAUGCUGGCAAUAAAUACUGGACACGAGCUUAGCAGUAUAUGUUGCUUAGCACGUGGCUAAUAUUUCCCAAAGUUUGCCUCUCCCCAUUAGAAGCUUCCUCGCUCUCCUUAUGUUUGUACUGAGUUUUUUUAUUUAUUUAGAAACGCGGCAAGACAAUUGCCGACUGAAAUGCACUGGAGAUGUUUGGCCAUGGAACAAGUACUUAAGUAAAAAACGGCCUGAAAAUCACAAUCUUUUUUUUCUUCAUCUGGGUGGCGUAUGACUCACUCCUCUAUAACCAUCUUAUCGUUGAUUAGCAUUAGAGGCAAUAAUCUGAUUAUUGAUUAGCAAUGGAUACUCGAACUAACACGGAUAGGGAAAUAUAUCUUGUAAUCAGUCUGUCUUAAUAAAUGCUUACAUUGCAGUUGGGGUUUGCUGUCUUCAUGUUUCCCGAAAGCAGAGUGUUGUGUCCGCAUCUUUGGUUGAUUAGUCUAGAAAAGGUGGGGGGGAGGGGGGAAGCUUUGUUAAGCUGGCUUUUAUUCGCACAUUAGUCGAUUAUGGUAAAAAUUAUAUUCUAUCUUUACUUUAUGCGUUUUCUCAGGAUUAGCUCCUCCUUUAGCUUACUGAAUUUGUGGACACUUUGUUUGGAGACCAUCUUUUCCUGUAUUAAGUUUGUUAGGCGCAGACACUUUUUUUUUAACGCAAUGCACAUACACUUUUCGUGUAUGGUCUGGUGGCAAUGAUUUAAAUGGAGCGGGAUAGACAUUAGGUUUGUUAAUCAGUGGACAGUCUGUUGCUGUUCAUGACAGGUGGGAAAGUUGAGCGAAGCUGAAACCGUGUCCCUUAUUUUGCAAGGGUGGUGCUCAUAAGGAACCACCCCCCUCUUCUUUGCUGGUGGGAGAACACCAAAUGGCCCAGCUGUUGCACCAUCAGGAUUCUGCAUUCUACAGCAAGGAAUUGCACGGGUGCCGGUGGGGUAUUCUUCAAUUCUUUGGGUUUCGCCGUCGCCUACGGUCCACAAAGAUGCUCUCUGACAAGAGACAUGGUCAGGAGAAAAACAGCCGUGGAAGUAGACGCCGAAGCAGCUCCUAUGCUCCAUUGAAGAACGAAGACAGUGCAAUUCUGGAUGAUGAGGAAAACACUGAGGUAUAUCAGGUUACAAAAAAACAGAAGGCCUCAAAAAGGAAUUCUGGCAAGUCUAGUUUGAGGUCCUUGAUUCUAACGAAGUUAUAUGGAAAGGAAGGCCAGAAAGAGAAGAUGCUUCCGGUUGCACCAAAGCUACUCCGCACUAUUUCGAUACACUAUCUGGAAAGCAAUGAAUACGUUCUUGACGGCGAAUCCACUUCGAGCGGCGAUGGUUCUUCAAACAGUACUAAGCCGCCGAUGCAAAAUGCUGGCGAUAUGAUGAAUCUGCACCAUGCUACAUCUAGCGUCCCAGAUGGCUGUGGUGUCGAUUCAAGCUCCUCACUUCUCCUAAAGAUAGACGACGUCCGUACGAAGCGAAAGAAGAGCCACCGUAGCAUUUCGAUGGACGGGAUUCUUCACAAGGUCCCCUAUGGGAAGAAGGUGUCCGGAGAUGUGAUCAGUGAAGGUCUCCCCCGAUCAGCCUCUGCCACGUACGAUAGGGACGGCGCGAAACCUUACUUUGGUGGUGCUGCUGCAAAGAGGCAUGCAAACCAAGGGUUUCGGCGUUCACGUUCCCUCAGUGAAUCCUGGGAAAACUACUCGCGCCUACUUGAUUCCAUCUCGAGUGGUGAGUCCAAAAGAACACUGGCCAGCUCUAAGUCUACCAGGGAUCAUUCCCUAGAUGGCCCUGUCGCGAGUACUUCAUUGCAAAGAACUUCUGAAGCCUUGAGGUCUCAAGGUCUGGGUAAACGUGAUGAGAACCUCGUGACUGCAGAAGAUGCGUUGGCGCCACAUGUUCAAGAGAAAACUGGUGAAGUUGCUAAGGGUCAGAGCUCCAGCGAUACGAUGGUCGCUGGUGGCUCUGAAAAUCCUGCUUUACCUGACGAGCACGUUGACGACAAAGCUGAAGAAAACACAUGCGCUGCUCCUUCACCUUCAGAAGCUGUCGGUAUCUCAGAAGAACAGGCAGUGAGUCGUGACGGUAACAGUCAGACUCCCUCACCUGAAGUUGGCAUACCAGAAGAACAUUCUGCAGAAGCUUAUGAUGAUGGUGAUGGUCAGAUCCACUCGUCAACACAGGCUGCUGAUGCAUAUGCUGCUCUGUCUUCAGAGGAGACCACCGUUUCAGAAGAACGUACUCCAGUUUCUCAUGGCAACCAAACGCACCCGUUCCAUACUUCAGAGCCAACAGAAGGUACGUUGUUGGACUUGGACCCAAGAGUUGUCCAUUCAAAUGACGCUGACGCUUCAACCGGCAUCGCUGCCGUAGAACAAGAAAGCGGCUUCGACGGCCUCCAAGUAGACCCAAGGCACGAGACCGAGUUCCGCUACGUGAAGGAGAUAUUCAGAAAGUCGAGCUUCAGCACCGAGACGCUGUUCGACGAAUGGUGCUCACAGAACAUCAGUGUCCUCCAGGAAGCGGAUUGCCAGCACUACGAGGCCGCCGCGGCGUCGUACGACCUGUCGGCGGACAUGUCGGCCGAGCAGCUGCUCCUGUUCGACCUGACGAACGAAGGCCUGCUGGACAUCUACAGGAGGCACUCCGUCUCCAGGUCUAGGCUCUCCUGGUUCUCGUCUUUCGACCGGCCGAGACCUGUGGGGAGCCGUGCGCUCGGGGAGCUGUGGUCUGGGCUGAGCCUCCGUCUGGACGGACGGCGGCCACGGGCCAGCGUCCACGUCGACGCGGUUCUGUCGAGCGACCUAGCGAAGAGCGACCCCUGGACGGAUUUCCCGCGGGGCGCUGAGCGUCUGGGGAGCAGGCUGGCGGACUCUGUGUUUGACGAGCUUCUGAGUGAGCUCGUUCAGCAGCUCGCGGAGCUUUGAGUGCGGGCAACAAGGCGUCUGUUUUUUUGUGCCUAUUUUUCGUGUUUAGGGGGGUUCUAUAUUGUAGGUACUAGUUCAUUUCUUUUUUAGGACAAGAUAAUCUGGGGAUUAUUGUUGUUGUUAUUAGGUCUUAGGAAUUCAAUUCGUGUGCUGGAAAAGUUUUGCCUGAUGCACUGAUGGGUGCUAGUGUAAGUGCUGACUGAAAGAGCAACAUUUGUACGUACACCUUCGAGAGAGAGAGAGAAAAAAAAUGUAUGUAUAUAUAGUCUUGGAAAUGAAGGUUACGAAAUAGAAAUUUGUGGAGCA